UGAAGAGCCCGGCUUGAGCAGAGCAACACUCCUCCUGGGCUGAGACUCCUCCUUGAAGGCACACACAUACAAUAAUAAUAAUAAUAAUAAUAAUCCCAACAGUCUGUUUGGAAACAGACGAGUAAAGAGAAAUGUGAAGAUCCUGAGUGGUUGCAGUGUUGGAGAAGUAAAGUGCUAACCUGGAAAGAUGGCGUGGACACAGGCUCGCUUGUUGCUCCUCGCCUUUGCUUCGCUUGGAUUUUUCCUCCUCUGCGUCCCGGUGGAAGGGGAGCCGCCGGGAGAGCAACAGGAGGAGGAGGAGACCAUGUCCUGUCAGGGCGCGUUUGACCUCUACUUUGUUCUGGACAAAUCUGGCAGCGUGAAGCAUCACUGGAACGAGAUUUACUCCUUUGUGAAGCACCUAGCAGAGAAGUUUAUCAGCCCCAUGCUGAGGAUGUCCUUCAUCGUCUUUUCCACACAAGGAAAAAUCAUCAUGGAGCUGACCGAGAACAGGGAGGCCAUAACCGAAGGCUUGAGGGCUCUGAACGAUGUUAUUCCUGGAGGAGACACAUGCAUGAACCUCGGCCUGGAGAUGGCUAAUGCACAGAUUUACCAUGAGAACCGAGGGACUGCCAGUGUUAUCAUCGCUCUGACAGAUGGGGAACUGAAGGAAAGGCAGUACGACACAGCACAGCGUGAGGCACAAAGAGCCAGGUCUUUGGGAGCCAUUGUUUAUUGUGUAGGAGUCAAAGACUUCAACCAGACCCAGCUUGCAACUAUUGCAGAUACCAUGGAACAUGUGUUUCCAGUAACGGGAGGCUUCCAAGCCCUCAGAGGAAUUAUUGACUCGGUAUGACACACGCAUGCAGCAC